GUUUACCCCACACCUCACACCCCCUCGUCGCACACCCAAGACAACUACAUCUCUCUCCCCCUCUCUCCAUCCAAAAAUGCCGAACACCUCAUUCUCCAACCACACCGCCCUCUCCGAUGAGGUACUCAACGAGUUCAGGAAGCUUCCUCAGGGCGGCAAGAUCAUGGCCGAGUACAUCUGGAUCGGCGGGUCCGGGCAGGACCUCCGCUGCAAGACCCGAACAUUCCCCGCCAAGGAGGGCGGCUAUGCCGUGGCCGAUCUGCCCAAGUGGAACUACGACGGCUCCUCCACCGGCCAGGCGCCCGGAGAGGACUCCGAGGUGAUCAUCUACCCCCAGGCCAUCUACCCCGACCCCUUCCGCGGAGGCGACAACAUCAUGGUGCUGUGCGACACCUACGAGCCGAACGGGACCCCGCUCCCUACCAACACCCGCAAGGAGUGCGCCGCUAUCAUGGAGAAGGCAAAGGACCUGGUGCCGUGGUUCGGUAUCGAGCAGGAGUACACCCUGUUCGAGGCAGACGGCGUCACUCCCUUCGGAUGGCCUAAGAGCGGAUACCCGGGACCCCAGGGCCCGUACUACUGCUCCAUCGGGUACGAGAACGCCUUCGGCCGCCACAUCAUGGAGGCGCACUACAAGGCCUGCCUCUACGCCGGUGUCACCAUCUCGGGAACCAACGGGGAGGUCAUGCCCGGACAGUGGGAGUACCAGGUGGGCCCCUGCGAGGGCAUCUCCUCUGGAGACGAGCUGUGGAUCUCCCGCUACCUGCUCCAGCGCGUGUGCGAGCAGUUCGGCGUGAUCGUGUCUCUCGACCCCAAGCCCAUUCCGGGAGACUGGAACGGGGCCGGGUGCCACACCAACUACUCCACCAAGCCCAUGCGCGAGGAGGGUGGCUACAAGGAGAUCAUCGCGGCCAUCGAGAAGCUCGGCGAGAAGCACGACGAGCACAUCGCUGCCUACGGCGAGGGUAACGAGCGCCGCUUGACCGGGAAGCACGAGACCGCGUCGAUGGACAAGUUCUCGUACGGCGUCGCCAACCGCGGGGCGUCCAUCCGCAUUGGCCGCGACGUGGAGAAGGAGCAAAAGGGAUACUUCGAGGACCGCAGGCCUUCGUCCAACAUGGACCCCUACGUUGUCACCGGCAUGAUCGUCAAGACGACAACCUCCUAAAAGUCGCCUCUGCGCACAAGGGCAAGAAUAAGGGGAGAGCCGUCUAGGCUACCAUGAUCCCGUAGACCGAGGCUCAGCGUUGCCGGUGGUGUACCGUUCCAGCUCUGGGGGGGGGGGUGGCAGCAGGGACUGCCGUCAGCUCCUCUUACCGCUCACUCUCUGUGGCAUCAUCGGGAUUCAUUCCGUGAGGGGAGGGUGGGUAGCACUCUCGAUGAGCUCUGCUGUAAAUACAAACUUCGUAACUCCAAGCAAAACUGGGGAGCGAGCGUAAAACGUUUGGCUUUUGAACCCUUGUGUUGCUCCGAGGGGGGGGGUGGGGUAGGCACAGCAAGCACUUUUAUAUGGCGUGCAAAAAUAGAUGCGAUGCGGUGGCUGUCGUGCGCUUUUUUCUGCGCAGCGGCACUCCAUGUGAGUCAAGUUAUCCCGGGUGGGCGAAACAAACGCCUGUGGUGCUCCGAUCCCUGACGAGACAGGGGCGUAUCGCAAGUUGCCGGGUUAUUUUACCAUCGCGGCUGUUUUUCGUGUGUCGAUUUUUUUGUGAUUGUCGUGUGUGCUUCUCGCGCGAUGUAGUGUUUCAUUCAGAGGGGGAGAGAGAGGGUUUGACAUCAUCCUUUGAAAAGAGCGCUAACUCCAUCCAGCCCGGGGGCGCUUUCUGUGUUUUGCCUGCUUUGUCUUGUUCCUGUUGGCUUCUGAGCAAAAAUGUCCUGCCUAUCGUGUUCAUGUUUGUGAUGAAACGGGGCUGGCUUUGUUGUUCCAAGAGCGGGAUCGGGUGUAUUUUUCCUCUCUCCGGGCGGCAAGAGUUUCGUAUUUUCGUGUGUCUAGCAGGGAUUGCUCUGAACGCCGCGCGAGGUGUGUGCGAUUGGUUUCGUCCUCUUGGCGCGGCGGUGUUUUAUCUUUCGAUGGUCUGCCUGCUGGUGUAGCGAAAAGACUCAUCAUUCUUCGCGACUCCGAAUGCUUGGUUGCGAGAAGGACUAAGCCGGCGUGCCUGCAUAUGGGUUGUUGUGUUGAAUCCCGUUCGACGUCCAAGUAAAUUGAGUUAGUUGCUUACGGGCGUUUGUUAAGGAAAAGGGAAGACGAUGGUCUCGGAUCACAUUCAUUCACAAGAAAUCAACAUCAGUUUCAAGGAUGACCCCCCGGUAUCGUAUACGAGGAGGUAGACUUCCGUAACAUGAAACCAAGUCGGUUUCAGAGGACCAAAGCAGUUCACAAACGACGUGCCUGACGUUCUUGUGUUCUGCGGGUCUGGAGUAUUUGCACCGACCGCGCUAACAGGCUGACCAAUGAAAAGACGUCAGUCUCAAGUGCGGUUGAAAACACGAACCCGCUUCCAAAUAAGUUUAGCUUGGAACCCCGUUAGGGGGCGUCACGGGGGAGGCGUAAGCUGUUUUCCGCAUUUGAGACAGAAAUCUUGUGUGUGCGAAUGAAUGUGUAUUUGUGUCCCCGGUAAAUGCCUUCACCUCUGUUGCUCUUGCCGUGCGGCCUGACGGGAACAAACGUUGAAAACAACCCUGCGGCGGCUCUUGUAUCUCUGCUGGUCGCAAGCGUCCAUCGCCAAAGCGGCGAAACAAACGCGGUCUCGAGAAACCCGGCGAGUGAAGGCGCUUGAGUUUACUAGCUGGAUUGUACGAUGAUGAAAUCGCUUCAUUCAGAUCUAUCUGUGCACGUGCCGCUCCUUUUUCAUGUCCAGAAAAAGGGCGAUUAGCUUCCGUUGAAACCACUUCUUCUCGAGGCUGCCAAAUUAACACAACCGACCUAGAGCAGAUAUUUUCUGGAUAAAUUACUGUGGUGGUGGUGGUUGACGUGGUUCAACGGUUUGAUGGGGAUGGUAUCAAGUGAUGCAAAACCCAAAUUGUCCUGCCGUCCGGUCAUACUCCACGUCGAGUCCUGUAGUUGCUUGAGGAUAAGCUUGCGUAGUGCGUCGCAAUCCACCGCUCCACCCUCAGGUUAAAGUGCAACGACCCUGACCGG